GCCGAGGCGGCGCGGCCAUGUCCUUUGAAUAAGGCCUUCCCGAGGCGCGCGACAGAGAGGCGUGGGUUGUACGGGCGUGUGAUUGUUUCGCUAGGGUCCAGGUCGCGGUUCGGGGCGGAGACGCCGCGGACCACGAGCCUUCCUUGUGCCUUCAUCGGCUCUCCCGCCCCAGCCGCUCACCGGGCAGAAGCGUGGGAGGUGGAUUAAGUGGGAGCAGGUGAGGCCCGCCCGCUACUGAGAGAUCGACUCCUACGUUUGACUGUCCGUUGCUCACAAACUCUUUAUCCGCACGGGGUGGCAGGAGAAGCACUGAACAUGCAGUGUUGACGUUCAGGCCAGAUGCAAGCCAGAUUUCUAGUGCUGUUGAGUGAAAAUUCUAGAGACAUCCUGCCUCCUUAGGAGCCUACACUGCCAGGCAGCAGAAUUGUGAACUAGAGUGAAGCAGAAAUCUAGGAAUAUGAGCUCCAUGAUGGCCAUGGGUGAACCAAGGCUGAACUGGGAUGUUUCCCCCAAAAAUGGCCUUAAGACAUUUUUCUCUCGAGAAAACUAUAAAGAUCAUUCCAUGGCUCCAAGUUUAAAAGAACUGUGUAUUUUAUCUAGCAGACGUAUAGGAGAAAAUUUGAAUGCCUCAGCAAGUUCCGUAGAAACUGAGCCGGCAGUUAGUUCAGCAACUCAAGCAAAGGAAAAAGUGAAAACCACAGUUGGAAUGGUUCUUCUUCCAAAACCAAGAGUUCCUUAUCCUCGUUUCUCUCGUUUCUCACAGAGAGAGCAGAGGAAUUAUGUGGAUUUGUUGGUUAAAUAUGCAAAAAUCCCUGUGAGUUCCAAAGCUGUUGGAAUAAAUAAAAAUGAAUACUUGCAGUACUUGGAUAUGAAAAAACAUGUGAAUGAAGAAGUUACAGAAUUCCUAAAAUUUUUGCAGAAUUCUGCAAAGAAAUGUGCACAGGAUUAUAAUAUGCUUUCUGAUGACGCUCGUCUCUUCACAGAGCAAAUUUUAAAAGCUUGUAUUGAACAAGUGAAAAAGUAUCCAGAAUUCUAUACUCUCCAUGAAGUCACCAGCUUAAUGGGAUUCUUCCCAUUCAGAAUAGAGAUGGGAUUAAAGUUAGAAAAAACUCUUCUUGCAUUGGGCAGUGUAAAGUAUGUGAAAACAGUAUUUCCCUCAAUGCCUGCAAAGUUGCAGCUGUCAAAAGAUAUACCCACCACUGAAACACCAGAACAAACAGCUGCAGCUAUGCAUUAUGACAUUAGUAAAGACCCAAAUGCAGAGAAGCUUGUUGCAAGAUAUCACCCUCAGAUAGCUCUAACUAGUCAAGCAUUAUUUACCUUAUUAAAUAAUCAUGGACCAAGCUACAAGGAACAGUGGGAAAUUCCAGUGUGUAUUCAAGUAAUACCUGUCACAGGUUCAAAACCAGUUAAAGUAAUUUAUAUUAAUUCACCACUUCCCCAAAAGAAAAUGACAAUGAGAGAGAGAAAUCAAAUCUUCCAUGAAGUUCCCUUAAAAUGCAUGAUGUCCAAAAACACAACUGUUCCAGUCUCUGCAGUAUUUAUGGACAAACCAGAAGAUUAUAUAUCUGAAAUGGAAUCCAUCUUUGGAAAUGCCCCUUCGAUCCUUGGGAGGGAAAAGAUGUCUUAUGAAGUUAAUGAGUGCCGAAAAAUUGAGACCCAUGAAAACUUGGAUCUGGAUUUUGAUGAUGACGUCACAGAACUUGAAACUUUUGGAGUAACCACCACCAAACCAUCAAAGUCACCGAGUCCAGCAAGUACUUCCAUAGUACCCAAUGUGACAGAAAUGCCCACAGCCCCCAGCAUAGCAAUCACAUCUGAGGCACCAAUUGCACCAGACAUUACUGCUCAUUCUAGAAGUAUAUCUCAGAUUCUGAUGGAACAGCUGCAGAAGGAGAAACAGCUGGUGACUGGUAUGGACAAUGGCCCUGAAGAGUGCAAAAACAAAGAUGAUCAGGGAUUGAUCCCCUGUGGUGAAAAUGUAUCAAAUUCUGAGAAGUCUUUGGUACAAGAUAGUGACUUGAAAACAUCUGAUGCCUUACACUUAGAAAGUUCUUCAGAAAUUGAAACCUCUAAUAAAAAUGAUAUGACUUCUGAUAUGGAGUGUGUUGAAAGAGUGAAUGUUCCAGAGAACACAGACAAUAAUUCAAAGGAAAAGCCUGUUACAUCAGAAGCAGCUAAAACUGAAGAUGUAAUUCUUUGCCAUAGUGAUACAGAUGAAGACUGUUUAAUCAUUGAUACAGAGUGUCAAAAUAAUAGUAAUGGAAAGACUGCUGAUACGGGUUCUAAUUUAAGUUCUAAACCAGCUAGCCUAAAUUCUUCCUCAGGACAGGCUUCUGUAGGAAACCAGACUAAUACUACUUGUAGUCCUGAAGAGUCAUGUGUUUUAAAAAAACCUAUCAAACGAGUGUAUAAAAAAUUUGAUCCAGUUGGAGAAAUUUUAAAAAUGCAGGAUGAACUCUUAAAACCAAUUUCCAGAAAAAUACCUGAAAUGCCGUUGAUGAAUUCAGAAAAUUCUAAACAACCUCCUAGUUCUGAGCAGCCCUCUGCUACUUCAGAUGCCUCUAGUUGGCCAAAAUCUAUAUGGCCUUCUGUGUUUCAGAAGCCAAAAGGACGAUUGCCAUAUGAACUUCAGGACUAUGUUGAAGAUACAUCAGAAUAUGUAGCUCCUCAGGAAGGAAAUUUUGUUUACAAGCUUUUUAGCCUACAAGACCUGUUGUUACUUGUGCGAUGCAGUGUCCAGAGGAUAGAGACCAGACCACGCUCUAAAAAACGGAAGAAAAUCAGAAGACAAUUUCCAGUUUACGUACUACCAAAAGUGGAGUAUCAAGCUUGUUAUGGAGUUGAAGCUCUGACUGAAAGUGAACUUUGUCGCUUAUGGACUGAAAGUCUAUUGCAUUCCAACUGCUCAUUUUAUGUUGGACAUAUUGAUACAUUUACUUCAAAGCUUUUCCUGCUAGAAGAAAUCACCUCAGAAGAAUUAAAAGAAAGACUUUCAGCCCUCAAGAUAUCAAGUUUAUUUAACAUCCUUCAACACAUUCUAAGAAAAUUAAGUAGCUUGCAGGAGGGUUCCUACUUGUUGUCUCAUGCAGCAGAAGAUUCUUCACUCCUGAUCUACAAGACUUCUGAUGGAAAAGUUACUAGGACAGCGUACAAUUUGCAUAAAACACAUUACAGCCUUCCUGGUGUGCCUUCCAGUCUCUCAGUUCCCUGGGUCCCGUUAGACCCCAGUCUCUUAUUACCAUAUCAUAUCCAUCAUGGAAGAAUACCUUGUACUUUUCCACCUAAAUCACAAGGUCCCACAACACAACAACAAAAGGUUGGUGGAACAAGAAUGCCUACCCGCAGCCGCAGGAAUUCAGUUUCCAUGGAAACCAAAAGUCUGCCUGCUCAGCAAGUUGAAAAUGAAGGAGUGGCUCCAAGUAAAAGAAAAAUAACUUAAGGACUGUACCAUCGAAAAUGAAGAAAAACCAGUUAUCACAACAACCAAUUUAGAAAAGUUUGAGGGGAAAUAUACCUGAAAGAUCUGUAGGCAAGAGGAAUGUUUUUCUUUUACUGUUCUUGAGAGUUUUUAUAGUGCCUUGAAAAUACACAUUGACUAUGUGAAGCAGUGAUCCAACUAAAAUGGAAUGUUGUGCUCUUAACACCUGAUGUUUGAGGAGACUCCAGAUAUGGUUUAACAUUAUUGUGGCAGGGAAAUAAAGAGAGAAGAAAAUAUUUUUAUAGUAGACCUUUUGCAAAAAAUUUUAAGUAGGAAAACAAUUUGCUUUUGCGAGAGCAAUAUUUAUCAUUAUGUAUUAUGUUAAUAAUUUGAGUUGUAUUGCCGGUCUGUUGAGGUUGGCUCAAAAGGUUAAAUCUUGCCACUGUCAGAGAUAAUUUUGAACUACAUAAACCUUAUUUCUGACCCAUUUGACAGUUUUUAUAUACUACUUUAAAAUGAUGAUUGAUGCAGGUUAAAGAAGUUAAUAUCUUGAAAAACUUGGUGAAAUUCCAUUCCAGAAGCCAAAAAGGAAAAUAAAAAAUAAAAAACCCUCUGCCUCUGAAAAUUCACAAGUAAGUUAACAGUUUUUUAUUGGGCAGUCAUCAGUUUAAAAAGAAAAAACUCUUGUGGUGUAACAGGUUCGGUGACGAAUGCCUCUAUCUCUUGGCACAAAUCCUGGCUAAGUGUUGAAAUAGGCUACUAAAAGCAAAGAGAUGAGUAUAGUUUCCAGAAAAAUCUCAUAUUUCAACCAACAAGGCUAAUGUGUGGUAAAACGGAAGGUAUUUUUCUUCAUCUACACUGAUUCAUUUAAAUUUUUCAAGACCGUGGAGAUGAAUUUGGAAAAAGGCAUGAUCAAUUGAUGUUAUUAUAGUCAAUACUAAGAAGGGAUGGACUUAAGAAGGGAUGGACUUAUUUAACUUUUGUAUUCCUCUUCUUUAAUGUGCACUAAAUAUGUGCAUCUUUUGUAAAAUACAAGCUUUGUAAUAUAGGGCAAUAUUUGCUGUGUUUUUGGAAUUUUUUAUGCAUUUUAUAUUAAUAUAAGAAACUAGUCCUAGAAACCUUCUCAACUGUUAUAAAUAGCAGUUAAGUACUUUAUUUACUACCAAGUUUUGAUUUUUUUGGUUGGUUAUAAAUUUUUUUUAAAUUAAUGAGCAAUUACUAGUAAAAUUGUUUUAUGCAUUUUAAUAUAUAGUUUCCUCAUCCUGCCAUUCCCAUUUUAAAAUAUUGAGCUUGGUUUUCAGUGGUCUUGAUCUUUUUUUAACUUUGUCACAUACCCAUAUUUCCCAGAAAUAUUCCAGCUGUGAGUUAUUUGGCAGUGAACCAAGGGAGAGGCAGGGAUUCCCUUGGAAUUUGCUCUUUUAAAAAAACUAAACAAUGAUUGCUUCAGACUUCUGAAUACCAGAAAGAGUUGGCUUUCAUUUUUUUAGUAUACUUUUUACUUAGUAAAAUGUGUGAUCUUACAGGUGGUUAUUUUGAAAUUAUCUUAGCCAGCUAUGUGAGUAACCGUGAUAAUAUAAAGCUAGACUUUGUUUUCCACUUGUGCUUUAUCAAGCCUCUUUUUUCUAAUGUAUAUUUGAUCUUGUCUUGUGUUCUUUUUCUUGAUUUUUAGUACUGAGAAUGUAUAAGCAAGAAAGUGACAUUGACAGUAUGAGCAAAGAUUAAAAAAAAAACAGACUCAAUGUUGGCAAGGAUGUGAUGAGCCUGACCCACUUAUAUCUCUGAGGUGAAGGUAUAAACAUUUCAUUCAGUAAAUGUAUGAGUGCAUCUGUACUGUAUGCCACACAACCUAAAGUAGGUCCUUAUGUUUACCCUCUGAUAAAAUUCUUUUUUCAUAUAUCACAGUAUUUGUUUAUUUAACUUACUGUCUUUCUUCUUGAAUAGAAUACAAGCUAUGCCAGGGUAGGGCAUAUUUGUUUUGUUCACUAGUGUGUAACAAACACCUAAUACAGUGUCUAUUGUAGUUGCUCAGUAGAUAUAAGUUGAAUGUAGGAAUAAAUGAAUGUCUAGGUAUCGAGGAUAGAUUUUUUUUUUCCUCAGGAGCUAACAUUCUAGUGGAAGACACAUGCUGAUCUAUGUGAUAAGUGCCCUGAUAAAGUACUAUAAGAAAGUCAUCUAAUCUGGACCUGAUAAUUAAGGAAGGUUCUGAGAUAAACCUUGAGCUGAGGCUUUUAAAAAAGAGUAAGAAUUAUAAGGAAAGAAUGAAAGAUCUUCCACACAGAAAGAAAGCAGCAUAUGCAAAGGCGAAAGAUGGCCAGAUUGUAGGCUGUGAACGUGGAGAUGAGAGAAAAAGCUAUAGGACACGACAGACAUGCCAUGCUAUGACAUUUGAAUUUUGUCCUGUGCAAUGUGGGAACCAGUAGUGAUUUUUUAAUAAAAAUAAAUAACAUGAUCAGAUAUAUUCUUCAAAAAGUUCUUAUUGGCAUUAAUCUAGAGAAUGGAAUGGAGCUGGGAAAGACUAUAGGGAAGGAGAAAAGUUGCAAAGGUAUCUUACCAAAAUUGAAAAAUGGUAAAGGCCCUGAACUAAAGCAAUAAGAGUAGGGAUGGGGAACUUCCCUGGCAGUCCAGUGGUUAAGACUUGGUGCUUCCACUGCAGGGGGCGCAGGUUCAAUCCCUGGUCGGGGAACUAAGAUCCCACAUGCCGUCAAGCAAUAAAUAAAUAAUAAAAAUUAAAACUUGUGCUUAUUAAAGGCCAUGCCAGUCACCUAUCCAGAAAGACUGAAGUUCCAUGUUUUGGAUACAUUUUUACAAUACUGUCUAGCUCACAAUGUUACUAUAUGUCAUUUAAGAGCAACAAGGUAAGUAUAAAUUCAGGUUAGAUUUAACAAUUUGGAAGACACUGUAUUUAAAACCUCUUAAAAACAUUCUAUCUAGCACCCAAAACUUGUUUGGACAUGAAUAUGUAAUCUGUGAUUCUUUCUGCAGCAGAAAAACAAAAAACAACAAACUUCCCUUGUCAAAGAGUGAGACCCAUGUCCAGUCACCAGCAUGCUGAAAAGAAGCCUGCUCCACAGCUCUGGGGUUGUGUGAAUGCCAAGUAAACUCAGCUCCUCCCCAGUCUGCAAACUGCUCUUUCAACAAAAUUCUGCCCAACUUAGACUGCAGAAACUAAACUGUAAGGAAGGUAUUUUGAUUUUAGCCUGUUAGAUAGGACUGCAAAUAAAUAGGAUGUUGUGUCCAGGAACAGUCUUACUGACUGCAUCAUCCUCCAUGAGACAAUAUUUAAAUUUACUCCUGAAAGUUUUCAACUGAAAGUGAGAAAUGAGUCCGAAAUAGGUAAUAAAGUGAUUACAAUCUCUUUGUUUAAUUGAAUGAGAAAGUUAACAUUUCUAUAAAACUAAGAAAUAGAAUGUAUUUUAUGGAGUUUGUGUUUUAUGUUCCGCUAGCUUUGGGUCCCAACAAUAUGCAAACAGCAGUUUUACUAAUGUGAAAAAUAAAUAAUUGAAUACAUUUCACAAGUAUAUUAUCUGCCCUCUGCCCCACUAAAAGUGAUGCAAAUUAUAGUUUCCCAAGUGCCGCAGUGGGCAGCUGGAAAUAGUCUCUGUCCAAUUAUACAAUGAGUUCUUUUGAGUUCGGGAAGAGGGUGAGGGAAACUGAAAUCACAGUGCAUCAGGCUUGAAUGUCUUUGUAUAUGUGUGUAUGUUGGGAAGCUAAUGAAGUGGUAGGUCAGUCCCUAAUUCAGUUUGGCUUUUUUUAAUGCUACACUCUAGUGCCUGAAAACUUUUACUCUUAAGGAGCAAGGACUGUGUACCUUACUAAGUGCCUAAGGCCAAAGUGUCAUUUUGCAUAUGAGGGAGUGCUGAGUUUGCUGUCAGCCAAGCCUUCUGCCUCCCAGGAGCCCCUGCUAGAGUUAAUUCACGUCCAGCAGUUGGGGAAAUCUUCAGAAUGUUAAAGACUGUCAGCUGCAACUUGGAGAGUACCAAAUAUGCCUGCCAGAUUUGUGAGAAUGUGGCCGAGCCAAUGAGAUAGAAGGUGCAGAUUUUAAAUCUACUGGAGUUGGACAUGUCAGAAAUGGAUAAUAAGUACUACAGAUCCUCACACAAGUACUCGAGGGGCACAGGCUCCGGACGCCGCGCAGGUUCAGCGGCCAUGGCUCAUGGGCCCAGCCGCUCCGCGGCAUGUGGGACCUUCCCGGACAGGGGCACGAACCCGUGUCCCCUGCAUCGGCAGGCGGACUCCUAACCACUGCGCCACCAGGGAAGCCCUGUUGGGUCUGUUUUAAUGAGUAGAUAAGACCUGUUUACGUUUAGUAACAUCCAUGUGCCUAUAGACAUUAAUGUGCCUAAAUCAGUUACAUUUGAAUAUUAAGGAUUGAGUUUUAGAGCUAAAAGAGAAUUUGAAGAUUUUCUAGUCAAAGCCCCUCAUUUUCCAGAUAAGAAACAGAAUCAUAGAUCCUGGGUAAUUUGUCCAAGUAAACUCAAUUAGGAUAGGAGCUCAGACCAAAACCUCUGCUUCCUGGGGUUGAUGAUGACUAGCACAGGACUCAGCGAUAGAGUACAGUCCAGCAAAGUCAGGUCUUUAAAGAUGCAGAGCCUGUCAUGGGCCCACACUGGGCGAGGUGCUGGAGUUGCAAAGACGAACAGGGAGCUCCCUGUCUAAUGGUACAGCCUGGUACGUAAACAGCCAUAGUGCCAUGGGAUAAAGAAGUACUGCAAAUAAGACAAAGGUUACGUGAAUAAAGAAGUCUAUUCUACCCUUCCCAUAAACCUCAUGCCACGAGGUAUCUUAUUUAUUAUAUUAUCUUGCUUAGCAAACCUUUUUAUUUUUUCUAUAUAGUAUAUGAACUGUGUAAGCUUUGGCCCUACCUAAGUUAUAUUAUCAUAAAUUAUGAUUCGAGGAAUCAAAAUCAAAUGAGGGACUUCCCUGGAGGUCCAGUGGUUAAGACUCUGCACUUCCACUGUGGGGGGCACAGGUUCGAUCCUGGUCAGGGAACUAAGAUCUGAUGUGCCAUGCGGCGUGGCCAGAAAAAAAAAAAAGAAAUGUUGAUUUAAAAAAAAUCAAAUGAAAUUUUAUUGUAUUGAGUGUUUUCUGCAGAGGGUGCUGUGAUAUCCAACUUUUACUCUAUAGUUUUUUAAUUGUAUUUUCUUGAAUAUAUUUGAAAAAAUACCAUUAAGAAGAUUGAAGUUUUCCCCAGAGCCUGCCACAAGCUGUUAUAAUCUUAGUGUGUAAGAUGGAAGCCCUCUUUUCACUAUUUCUUUUUUCAUCUAUGUUUAAAAUUAUAGAAGUAAUAUGUAUUCAUUGUUAACAAAAAUCAAAUAAUAUAAAGAAGUGUGUAAAAGAUGAGCAUUCUCCUUUACACAUACACACCAAUUUUCUUUCCCAAGAGCUAAUCAAUAUCAGCUUGGUCUAUAUCCUUCCAUAUAUUUGCAUGUGUGUGUAUAUACACUUUUAUACACCUACACACAUAUAUAAAUAUGUAAAUGUACAUACAUAGCUAUUAACUUAAAACUAGAGUCAAAUUAGUAUUAUUAGUCUAAUUGACUUUUUUUAACUCAGGAGUUGUAAGGUCUUUAAAGUAUAAAAAUAUUGAAACACUCAAAAUGUAUCUAGUAGACAUUUAAUAAAGAUGAAAACAUUUGAAGUAUAGUUAUCUUUAUGUGUGUUUUCAUACUCACUAAACAUUUUAUUUUAUGAAAAAUACUGUCCUAUUUUAAGCAAACUCUUAUGGCUAAGAGAUAUAUUUUUUAUUACAGAAUUAGGAUUUUUCCAGACACUUAGCACCUAAGUAAUAUUUGUAUAUAUGUUGUGGAAAAUGCUGCUUGAAGGAAUGAUAGAGGCUGAGAGAGUUUGAAAUAUUUAUCCUCUGACUUGCCAAACCAUAAAAAUGCAACAAAAUGUACUGAGGUAAGACCUAAGAUGCUACUCUGAUGGCUCAGGAAGCAUCCCAAUAUCUCAGCAAUUUAAUAUAAGAGUGAUCAUGAUAAGGUGGAUAUGUGUAGCCAGAUCUGUUUUCAUAAUGUUUUAUAUAUCAGUAUUGUAAUAACUUAGCAUGCCAACAGACACAGGUUUACACUCACAUUCUGCUUUCUCUUCUGUUUUACUCUAUAUUUUUGAAAACUGUCCAUACUGAUCUAGCUUCAGUCGGUAAUAGCCUCACUGAUGGGCACUUAGGGCAUAUCAACCUUAUAACGCUACAAUAAAAAUCCUAUACACAUAUGUUGUGGUCAUGUAUGACACCCUUUUCAGGAUAGCUUUCUUGAAGCAAAAUCACUGAAUCGAAGGGUAUGAACAUUUUAAAUAUUGAUAGAUACCGCUAAAUUGCCUUCUCACCGAUAACAUAUAAGCAUUUCCAUUUCAGCCAUUUCCAACCACACUGGAUACUAUCAGCCUUUUAGUUUUUGCCAGGUAAGUUUAAGUAUGAAUAAGGACAAGGUAAUGUUUUAUGGAGAGAAAUCCAGUAGUAAGAGGUACUGGGUAAGAGUGUGGGCACAACCAGUAACAACCAAAUGCCUGUCCUCCAGGGGCUCCUGCCUAGUUGCAGAGACCAACAAAUAAAAGAAUAACGAUGCAAGGUGAUAACUGAGAGAGGAGAAGGACAUUAAAAACGUCAAGAGAAACAGAUUAGCACCAAAUCUGCCUGCAGGGCUUGGGGAAGGUUUUCCUUCAUGAGAAAAUAAUAUUUGCUCUGAUGAUUGAAAGACGAGGAGAAACUCACUAUUAAGGAAGGUGGGAAAGGGCAUUCCAGGCAGGGAAGCAGCGUGGAGAAAGGCAUAUGGAGGCGUGAGUAUGAUUGGCAGUGGUGCAAGGUGGGAGUGAAGGGAAAGAUGUGGGCAAUUGGCUGUCAGGUUAGUCAGACCCUACCUACCAAGAAGGGUUUCCAGAGAGGGGUCAUGUAAUCAGAACUAUUUCAUAGAAAGAUAUUCUGGAUGCCUUGUAGAGAAUGAAUUGAGACCAAAAGUAUAUGUUACAGCUGGGAAAGAGAGGUUGAAGUCACUGCAGACAUUUCCCUGAAAAUAUCUGAAAACAAAACAAAUUGUGGUUUGACCACACAGUGUACUCUGUGUGGUUUGGGUCAUGAUACCUUUAUUCAACAAGUGUGUAUUGAAACCGUACCAUGAGUUCAGCAGAGCUAGAUGCUGAAAGAACUCAAAAAGCCAAUGAAAUAGCCACUGUUUUUUCAACACCUACAAUACACCAGGCACUUUUUAUACUUUGUCUAAUCUUUACAUUUGUCCUGCAGUAUCACAAAUGAGAAAACUGCGGUUGUUAAAGAAGCAGAGGGACUUCCCUGGUGGCGCAGUGGUUAAGAAUCCACCUGCCAGUGCAGGGGACACCAGUUCGAGCCCUGGUCUGGGAAGAUCCCACAUGCCGCAGAGCAACUAAGCCCGUGAGCCACAACUACUGAGCCUGCACUCUAGAGCCCAUGCACCACGACUACAGAAGCCCGCAUGUCACAACUACUGAAGCCCGCACGCCUAGAGCUUGUGUUCCGCAACAAGAGAAGCCACCACAAUGAGAAGCCCGCACACCGCAACGAAGAGUAGCCCCCACUCACCGCAACUAGAGAAAGCCCGCACGCAGCAACAAAGACCCAACGCAGCCAAAAAUAAAUAAAUAAAUUUAUUUAAAAAAAAAACAGAAACAGAACAAGAUGCCAGAACUGGUUCACUCCAAGCCCCACUCUCGUUCAUGGACUCAGUCUCUCUGAUUCUCCUCUACCUUCUUCCCUCCCUCUCUUCCUUCCUUCCUUCCCUCCUUCCCUUCCUUCCUUUCUUCCUCUCUACCUCCCUCCCUUCCAUCUUCCCUCCUCUUUUAAUAUUUAUCUUCAGCUAAGUUAUAUAGGUGAAUAGUUCUAAAAGUCACAUAUUUACACAAGAAUUCUAUAUCAAUUCUAUAUAAAUCAGAGUUAAGCUUAUUUGUUAGUAACAGAGACUGGAUGUAAGUACUUUAAAUAAGGUAGAAAUUUAUUUUUUCUUUCAUGUACAAGAAAUCUGGAGGAAAGCAGUCCAGGAUUGAAUUGAUGGUUUCACAUUCGUCAGGAAAACAGCUCCUCCUGACUUUUUGCCCUGUGCUUUUGUCUUCAUCCUCAAGUUUUUUGAUCUCCAUCCUUUGUGUGCCUAGUUUCCAUCUUCCAGUUUUCCUCAAGGUCCACAGUAACCGAGGGAGCUCCAGACAUCACAUCAAGUAUUAGGCAAAGGAAGUAGGAGAAAAAAGGGUGUUCAGAGCAAAAAAACCCAAACCAAACCAAACCAAACCAAUAAACUAAAACAGACGUUUCCUUCUCAUGGCAACUGUUUCAGCUAUAUAUUGCUGCAUAAGUAACCAGCUCCAAAUUUAGUUUCUGAAAACAAUAAUUUGUUUUGCUCACUAGUUUGCAGUUUGGACAGAGCUUGGUGGGAAAGGCUUGUCUCCACUCAUAUUUAGCUGGCAUGGUCCACCUUCAAGAGAACUCACACAGAUGUCAGGUUGGCACUGGCUGUCAGGUAUAGACUUUGGAACGUCUCCAUAGGCUGCUUGGGCUUCCUCAUGGCAUGGUGGCUGGAUUCCAAGGCAAAUGUCUCAAGGAAACAAGGUAGAAAUACAAUCAGGAUCUAGCCUCAGAAGUCACACAGCAUUCUGUUGGUCAAAUAAGUCACAGCAGGUCAUGAGAUUCAAGGGGACUGGGCAUACCCUCCUCCUCUUGAUGGUCAAGUGGCAAAAUUCUAGAAGAGCAUCUGGGAUGGGAAAUAUUACUGUGGUCAUCUUUGGAGAAUAUAAUGUUGCGUCUCAGUCCAUUUGGGCUGCUAUAACAAACUGCCAUAGAUUGCGUGGCUUAUGUGCAACAGAAAUUUAUUUCACACGGUUCUGGAGAUAGGUAAGUCCAAGAUCAAGGUCUGGUGAGGACCCACGAGGCUUGUGGGAUCUUAGUUCCCCAACCAGGGGUUGAACCUGGGCCCUUGACCCCCAGGGAAUUCCCUGGGCCUCUUUUUUUUAACAUCUUUAUUGAAGUAUAAUUGCUUUACAGUGUUGUGUUAGUUUCUGCUGUAUAACAGAGUGAAUCAGCUAUAUGCAUAUGUGUUUCCCCAUAUCCCCUCCCUCUUGGGUCUCCCUCCCACCCUCCUUAUCCCACCCCUCUAGGUGGUCACAAAGCACCAAGCUGAUCUCCCUGUGCUGUGCAGCUGCUUCCCACUAGCUGUCUAUUUUACAUUUGGUAGUGUAUAUAUGUCCAUGCCACUCUCUCACUUUGUCCCAGUUUACCCUUCCCCCUCCCCGUGUCCUGAAGUCCAUUCUCUACUCCUGGCCUCUUUUAUAAAAGUACUAAUCCCAUGUGAGCGUUCUGCUCUCAUGGCCUAAUCACUUCCCCAAAGCCCCAUCUCUAAAUACCCUCACAUGGAGGGUUAGGUUUCAAGAUACGAAUGUGGGGAGGAUAUAAACAUUCAGUUUAUAGCAUGCUGCAAUAUUUUUUUGUUUUCCUGGAGUUUUUCAUUUGAUAUCAAUAGUUUUUCUUAUCACGCUCACAAAUUCGUUCCUAAGCCACCCAGUGAAGCUGUUAAUGUCUUCUCAGUAUGUUCAAACACCUGGGGUAAUUUCUUCCUCCUACUCUUUCUGAGGCAUUUGUGCUAGAGCCUUUGGUCCUCUUCUCCAAGCUAGACUGGUUGCUCUUUUUUUUUUUUUUUUUUCUUUUUUUGGCCGUGCUGCACGGCUUGUGGGAUCUUAGUUCCCCAACUAGGGAUCAAACCCGGGCCUUCGGCAGUGAAAGCACGGAGUCCUAACCACUGGACCGCCAGGGAAUUCCUUAGACUGGUUGCUCUGUAUGCCUGCUGCACAGCUAUUGUUCCAAGUUCUCCCCCAUCAUUCUGGGAAUUCUGUUCACUUAUUUGUGCAUUGAAUCCCUGGUUUUCUGGAUCCAAUGCUCCAGUUUUUGCUCUAUUCUCUUGUUUUGGUGAAGUACACCAUUCAGAAGUCUCCUGAGACGGGGUGUAUAGUGGGAUGAAUGGUGGCCCCCCAAAGCUUAUGUCUCCAUCCUAAGCCUCAGAAUCUGUGACUAUUUCCUAAUUUGGAAAAAGGGUCUUUGCAGAUGUAAUUAAGUUACAGAUCUCAAGAUGAGAUUAUCCUCGAUUAUCUAGGUUGUUCCUAAAUCCAAUGAGAAGUGUUCUUCUGAAAGAAGAGGAGGAGAUGCAGAAACAGAGAAGAGGGCCUUGUGAAGAUGGAGGAAGAGAUUGGAGUGAUACAGUCGCAGAGAAUGACUGGGGCUGCCAGAAGCUGGAAGAGACAAGGAAGCAUUCAGCUUUAGAGCCUCCAGAGGGAGUAUAGCCCUGCUGAUACCUCACUUUCACACUUCUGGCUUCCAGAACUGCAAGAGAAUACAUUUGUGUUUUUUUAAGCCACCAGGUUUGUGGUAACUUGUUACGGCAGCCUUGGGAAACUUAACACAGGGCACAUAGGCAUAAACAACAUUUUUGAAAACUGUUAAUUAUGCAUGCAUUCUUGAUUUAUUGUUUGGCUGGGUAUGGAAUUCUAGUUGCAAAAUAAUGAUUUUUUAUAUUUAUAUUUAUCUUUCCUGAUACAUUUAUAAGUUAGCAUUCUUCUCUAAUUAAGAGCUUUUUCUGUCCCCUCUUUGUGUAUUUUCUGUUUUACUAUCAGACUAUUCAAUGUGUAUCAUCAAUUCCUAUCAUUAUUCAAUGUGUAUCAUCAGUUCCUAUCAUUAUUCAAUAUGAUGCUCACAUUGCCCCCAAUUUUAACCAGUGAGAACCCCUUCAAGUUGGCUUUUGUGUCUUUUUGAUAUGUUCCCAUAAGUCAUUUAGCUCAAAGCCCAUCAUGUAUUUUCUCUCUGUCCCACCUCUGGAACCAGCCAUUUCUCUAAGAACUGGACCAUUUACUGGGGAAUAGUAUUUGGAAACUAAGAUCUGAGUCUUAUCAUGACAUUCUCCUUUCUUACCUUUCAUAUAUGACUUAUUUUUUUAAUCUCUCUGGAAUCUUUUAGGAAUUUCUCCCUGGCCCCAUCCAGUGUUCUGAAAUUUCAUGUUAAUGUGCCUUGGGUUUGUUUUUCCAUUUCUUGUAGCUUUUUCAAUCUAAAGACUCAGCCUUCAGUUCUAGAAAAUGGUCUUCAGUUAUUUCUUCGUGAUUUUCUCCCCUCCAUUUUGUCUAUUUUUCUUUCUGGAACUCCUAUUAUUUGGAUGUUGGGUUUUCCAGAUAAAUCUUUUUCCUCUUCUGGCCACGUCUUCAAAUAUAAUACAUUAUCAUAUACUGAUUGCAUAUAACAAGGCUCAAGGUAAUAACAGCUUUAUGGUUGGUGAGACUCUAAGCCAUAUAAUGUAGGGGACUUGGAGACAGCCUGUGUCUCCCUGAAGCAAUGGUGGUAUGUGAGAGAGAUGGUGUAAUGGAAAAAACAGUGGAUUGAAAGGCAGACAAAUGUAUUCUACCCUCAGUUCUGCCACUUACUAGUUUAAGGAUUGUGAUAGAUUGUCUACAGAUGUGGUUGCCAACAACUCCUUCCACUCAUGUAAACAUAAUGUCUCUCCCUUUAUGAAGAGGUGGAAUCUAUUUCCCCUUCCCUUGAAUCUGGGUUAUAUGACUUCCCUUAAUCAAUGGGAUGCAGCGGAAGUGGCACUGUUCCACUUCUGGGCCCGUCAGCUUCCACUUUCACUCUUGAAGAUCAGUAACUACCCUGCUGGAGGGAGGCCCUUGUGGAUCUUCCAGCCUCAUUUGAGUCUCCCUAGACAACGCUAAAUAGAUAGACCAGAUAUGCGCUGACUCCAUGAACUCUGCCCUGUGUGGAAUCAUGAACAAAUACGUCAGUGGUGGUUUUAAGUUUCUAAGAUUUGGAGGUGGUUUAUUUCCUAGUAAUAGGUCACUGAAACAGAAGUUAGUAUGUGGAUGUGGAGUGUUGCUAUAACAAAAACCUAAAAUAUAUGACAUUGACUUUACUUGCAGACAGUAACCAGAGAGAAGACUGUUAGUGGAGGUUGGAAAAGUGGUAAGGAAAUUGCUACAGAAGGCUGGAGAAAAGGCAACCCAGGUUAUGUAUUGGCAGAAUGUUUAACAUUACUGUUGCCUGUGGUAACAUGAGUGAUAAGAAAAUGUGCCUAAUGAACUUGUGGAUCUAGUCAAGGAGAUUUCCAGGCAGAAUGCUGAAGAUGCCAGUGGUCUUUUUUAGCCACUUAUGAUAAAGUACAACAAGAAAAAAAAUGCACUAAAUAAAGAUCUGUUUGGUUUUCAAGCAGAAUUCUAGCCAAUGAAAGGUUUGCAAAGUAAGAAACGGCCUCAGAAUAAAGAUCGAAUCACAUGUGGCUGCAAAACUUUUUUUUAUUUUUAAAAUUCCAGAAACAUUUAAUGUGGUACUUUGAAGACCAUCUCAGGGCUUCUAAGAAUCUUAAGUGCAUUGUUCCCGCCUGACAAGCUCAAAGUAAAGAGAGAGAUCUAUUAUUAGAAAGAAUAAUCAAUGUGAAUUUUGGAGCAUGGAGUUAAGCCUCAUUAAGAUUUACAGAAAUUCCACAAUGUUUUUGAGAAAAUUGCAUUGGAUAUGAAUUUUGGAGCAUGGAAUGAAUCUCAGUAAGAUUUAUAGAAAAUCCACAGAAUUUUAAAGAUAAUUGUGUUAAUGAAAGGACUGCCAGGUUGGACACAGAAACAGUUGAAAAGAAGUCUCUGGGCCUUCAAGUUUCUACUAGCAUGAAGCAGGUUGAGAGAGCUACUCAACUACAAAUAUGGACCAUUCUUAAGGGAAAGGAAAGACAUCUCAGAGAGUGGAAUCAAGAGGCCAGAAGGCAAAGCCAAAAACCGAUCAGAUGAUGGAUUAAAGCAAAGAUUGGCAAACUACAGCCCAUAAAGUCAACCCAGCCUAUUUUUGGAUAGCCCACAAGCUAAGAGGCCUGGCAGCUUCAGCUUUUGCUUCUUGAGAGCCAGCUUCCGUUAUUAUCCUGGUGUAGAGAGGAGGACCUGGCAGAUGAGAGUCCAAGGGACGGAGAGAACCAGCCUGCUCUCAGCCAUCCUAGCAACCCUAGCUGAGGCACCAAAUGAGUGAAGUUCCUUUCCAUCCUACAACCCUAGUUGAGCUGCCCCAUCCAACACCAUGGAAAAGAGACAAGCUGUUGCCCCUGAGUCCUGUCCAUAUUGCAAAAUCAUGAGCAAAUAAAUGGUUUUAUUUAUGUUUGAA